AUGGCCUUGACGGCUCUCACAGAGGGGAUUGCGCACCUGCCAGUCGCCUGUGAUGUCCCUGUACAGGUUGUCGGUGGGUGUGCCGUCUAUGUGGAUGGCUCGACUCCACCCACGGACACUACCCCAGAGCCCGGGUGGGUGACGGCCGUUGGUUUUCAUCCUACCCAGGUUGCAGGGGUAACAGCUGGUAAUAUUGAGUCGCUGGUGGCCCGGUGUGUGGAGAACGGUUGGGUAAUCGGGGAAGUGGGCCUCGAUUACGUUAAGGGGUCUAACUGGGGUCACCAGAGGUGGGUGUUGGGUGAAUUUUGCCGGCUGGCAACUCCCCUCACCCCCUUGGUACUCCAUCUUAGGGGGGCGUCUUCUGACCCAAUGGGCCAGGAGCCGCUUCUAGAUUGCCAGCAACUGCUGGAUCAGGCACGCACUCCCUUGUGGGUUCCAUUGUACCUCCAGCCAUUCACUGGGGGAGCUUCAAAGGUGGAUGAAUGGUUGGACACAGGGCGGGUUGUGUUUUAUGGGGUCAGUGGAUUGAUCCAGUACUUCACCUGGGGGCAAAUCCAGGGAGUAAGGCGGAUUCCCACUGACCGUCUGCUCAUUGAGACAGACAGUUCCCACCUCGGAGUUGGCUAGGGUGAAAUGACCCCUGGUCAAAUCGGGGUGGUCUACCGAAGGGUGGCGGAGGUCCGCCAGGUGGAAUUUGGUGUGUUGGCCGAAAAGGUUAUGAGGAAUUUCAGCAUCUUGUUCGGUCAACAGCUACGUCAUUCUCCGCUUCCUUGAGUGAGCGGGGUCUUUUGUUAUAAGAGUAAAUUAUGCUUUUUGGAGUCCAGGGAGGACCCGUGCGAUGACAGGGCGCCGGAACCAGGAAGUCCGGAAGAGCAGAGCGCCGGGAGCAGG